AGCAUGGCGCUCGUUCUCACAGUUUGCUUCUUGGGCUUCUUCGUGCCAGCUCUGGCGUCGCCCUCCAACGACAACGACUUCCUCCGGUGCCUCUCGACGAACAUCCCCAGCCAGCUCGUGCAGACGCCGAGCUCGCCGUCGUUCAAGCAGCUCCUGGUGUCAUCCAUCAGGAACGCCAGGUUCGUGGCGCCGGCCACGGCGAGGCCGCCGCUCUGCAUCGUGACGCCCACCAACGCGUCGCAUGUCCAGGCCGCCGUGCGCUGCGGGCGCCGCCACAGCGUGCGCGUCCGCAUGCGCUGCGGCGGGCACGAUUGUGAGGGCCUCUCGUACAGAUCGGGCAGCCCCAACAGCGAGGGGUUCGCGGUGAUCGACCUCGCCAAGCUCCACGCCGUCCGCGUCAACCCACAAGAGGCCACAGCCUGGGUCGACUCCGGGGCGGGGAUCGGGGAGCUCUACUACCAUGUCGCCACGGCGGCGCCUGGGUUGGGCUUCCCGGCUGGCGUGUGCCCGACCGUGGGCGUGGGGGGCAUCUUCAGCGGCGGCGGCAUAGGCCUGAUGAUGCGCAAGCAUGGUCUCUCCGCCGACAACGUGUUGGACGCCACCAUGGUCGAUGCCGAAGGGAACCUCCUGGCGGACAAGAAAGCCAUGGGGGACGACCUCUUCUGGGCCAUCCGCGGCGGCGGCGGCGGUAAUUUCGGCAUCGUGCUGUCGUGGAAGGUGAGGCUCGUGCCUGUUCGACCGACGGUGACCUUCUUCAGAGUCACCAAGACCAUGGACCAGGGCGCAGUCGACGCCGUGACCAAAUGGCAAACGGUCGCGCCGGUGCUCCCCGACGACCUUAGCGUACGUGUCGUCGUGCAAAACCGUCAGGCCAACUUCCAGGCCUUGUACCUCGGCAACAGCAGCGCGGCGGUGGCGACGAUGGGGAGCCGGUUCCCAGAGCUCGGGGUGACACGUGCCAACUGCAAGGAGAUGAGCUGGCUGCAGUACACGGCAUACAUAUACUUCCGCGACGACAUCUACAACAAGCCGCUGGACGAGCUCCUCCUCAACCGGUCCAUGACCUUAGGCCCCUUCUUCAAGAACAAGUCGGACUACGUCAAGAAACCCCUGAGCAAGGACACAUUGGAGAAGAUGUUCCUCUGGCCCGAGGGUGCCGCGACGGGGCAGCUCGUCCUUGAGCCGCACGGCGGAAGAAUGGGCCGCAUCGCGGCCGAUAACACCCCUUUCCCGUACCGGAGCAGCGUGCUCUACAACAUCCAGUACGUCGAGUUCUGGAACGGCGAAGGGACCGGAGGCAAGGUUACACCCGACUGGGACGGGAGCCUCUAUGACUUCAUGGCGCCGUUUGUGAGUAAGGACCCGAGGGGUGCGUACGUGAAUUACCGGGACCUUGACAUCGGCGCGAACAAGGUGAUUGACGGCGUGACGAGCUAUGAAAGUGCCAAGGUGUGGGGCGAGAGUUAUUUCGGCCCGGAAAACUUUAAGAGACUCGCAAAGAUCAAGCGCAAGGUGGACGCCGGCGACUACUUCUGGAGCGAGCAAAGCGUCCCACCACUUCCCUUGAACCAGUAGUGUAACCGCGCAAAACAAAACAAUCGUGUUUGACAAAAUUGUAUUUCCUCCGUCCGAAAAUAUUUGCCGGUGAAAUGGAUGUAUCUAGAUGUAUUUUAGUUCUAAAUAGAUAUAUUCAUUUUUA